UGUCCCCAGUGUCCCCAGUGUCCCCAAUGUCCCUGCUGUGUCCCCAGGUGAUCAAGACCCUGAUCCUGCCGCGGCUGCCGGCCGAGGGCGAGCGCGUGCGGAACAUUCUGGAAGGGCCGGUGGUGAGCACGAUCGACCGCAUCGGGGCUGACCACGUGCAGAGCCUGCUGCUGAAGCACUGCGCCCCCGUGCUGGCCAAGGCGCGCGCCCCCCCCGACAGCCCCGAGUGUUACCGCGGCGAUUUCGGGUACCUGGGGGGGCUCCUGUGCUCCCACGUGGUGAAGGCGAGGGCGCAGGCGGCGCUGCAGGCGCAGCAGGUCAACAGGACCACGCUGACCAUCACCCAGCCCCGCCCGACGCUGACGCUCUCCCAGGCCCCGCAGGCUCCCGGGGCCCCCCCGCGCCCCCCCAGCAUCAUCAAGGUCCCCAGUGCCAUCGCGCUGCCCGUCCCUGUCCCCGUCCCCGUCCCCACGCUGGCCCCCGGGCGCCCCGGGACCCCCACGCAGCCCUCACCGCCCCCCCCCAAGUUCAUCGUCAUGUCCUCGGCCAGCAGCGCCGGGCAGCAGGUGAUCACGCUGAGCACGUCGCCCGCGCCCACGGCCACGUCGCCCGUCACCAGCACCGUGCCCAGCGUGCAGCCGCUGGUCAAGCUGGUGUCCCCCGCUGUCCCCAGCAGUGCCACCACCCCCGCCAGUGCCACCAGCAGUGCCACCAGCGGCAGCGGCAGUGCCACCGGCGUCACCGGCGCCGUGCAGAAAUACAUCGUGGUGUCGCUGCCGCCCGCCGCGGGUGACGCGGCCAAGGGUGGCACUGCCGCUGUCACCAAUAAUGUCACCAAUGCCACCAAUGCCACCCCGCCGCCCGUGCCACAGCUGUCCCCGAGUGCCACCAGCGGCGGCUCGCCCGGUGCCACCAAGGGCGAGGCUGGGGACAGUCCCCAAGGGGCCGGAGGUGGCACCUGCAGGGCCAACGGGGGCACGGGGACACAGGAGCCACCGGCGGGGCAGUGACAGCGGGGACACCACAGGGACACCACAGGGACACCAGUGUCAUCAAAGUGUCACCAAGGGACACCAGAGU